AUGACAAGUGAAGAUGAAGAUCGUCGGGAAAAUUGGUUGCAAGAUUUCUUGGACGAAUUGCCUGAAAUGACAUGCCAAUUAGAAGAAAUGAAUAAAACUGGAUAUCGUUUUUGUGAUGAAUGCAAGAAAUUGGAUAUUGUUGACGAAAUGCAUCACUGUAAGAAGUGCUCGUUGCAGCUAUGUGGUAACUGUAUCUACAAGAAUCAUCGUUCACACAAGGCAAUCACACUUCUGCAAAAAGAGGCGAGUUUAAUGUCUCACGAGCUUUGCGAUCUUUCAAUCAGUGAGGUUCAAACGUACCAUCAAUUAUUUUCUGGGCUUCACAAGGAAUUGUCUGAUGGCCUUGAAGGAUUUGAUCAAAAGCUGUUGGAAAAGAAAAGAGAUCUCACAAAUGCGUCGACCUUUGAAGAUUUAAUGGAGAAAAAUAAAAAGUCCACAGAACUGAAGACGGAUUUCGAGAAGUGCUCCGAAGAAUACAUGCCCCACGUACGCAAAUACGAAAAAAGAGUCAAAGAAUUGAUGAAAACUCUUGAUGAUGAUCCGAAU